AUGGGCUUUUUCACAACAUUAACUCAGUGGCUAGGCAUGGGAAAAAAGCAAGUAAAUAUUUGCGUGGUUGGCUUGGACAAUUCAGGAAAAACAACUAUUUUAAAUCAACUAAAAUCUCCGGAGACGAGAGUGUCAACCGUUGUGCCGACAGUCGGAUUGACAGUCACGAAUUUUUCUUCUCCGUUCAUCAAUUUCAAUGCUUUCGACAUGAGUGGUCAAAGUAAAUACCGUAACUUAUGGGAGUCAUACUAUAGCUCUUCGGAAGGAGUGAUGUUUGUUGUCGAUAGUGCGGAUAGGCUUCGGAUGAGCGUUGCACGCGAUGAACUCUGGCUAUUGCUUGAUCACAAAGAUCUAGCCAAUCGAAAGAUCCCUUUACUAGUAUUGGCUAACAAAAUGGAUGAAAAAGAUGCAUUGAGCUCAGCCGAAAUCUCGACAUCAUUAGGAUUGGAUCUAAUCCGUGGUCGACCCUGGCACAUAGCGUGUACGUGCGCUCUCACAGGUGCUGGCCUAACCGCUGCUUUGGAAUGGCUCUCAACGAAUAUAAAAACCUAUCUCGACGAGCACGCUUCA